UAUUCUCGUCUUGUUUUGGUUAUGGAAGAGGAGUGUCCGGAUCAGAAAAGGCAGUUUGAUCUCUAAUUUCACCCACAAAAAUCCUUCUUGGACUAGAAAGGGUAGAGAUAAAGACUUCAGAAUGACCAUUCUACCCAAAAAGAAGGCUUCGCAGGAAAAGAGGGGCCCAGAAUCGGGCGAAAAUCAUCAACAUCACCGUGAUCACGGACACGGUCAUCACUCGUCCUCCCACGGCGCCCACGGCCACAGUGGAACUGGAGAGGUCAGGGGCGGAGCUCGGCCGAAGACGCGGAGCUCCCCGCCUCGCUGGCCGUCUUCGAAUCCGCUGGACGACAGACUCGUUUCAGUUUCAUCUCACGAUUGUAGGACUUCUUUCGAUGGCCGGGAGAGACUAGAUGUUGGGCAUGGGGGCCACGGCCAGAAUAAACGAGCAAGGCACAGAUCCUCCCCCCACCGAGUGGAUCAGGCUUCGGUGUCGUGGCUCCAGCACAGGGGGAAAGUUGACGAUGACCGGAGGGAAGAAGGGGAACGCAAUGAGGAGAACGAAGAGGGGGGUUGUAAUAGUGGGGACGAGUAUGAUACGCAACCACUUAAUAGUGAAGAGAAUGAAAGAAGGUUUGAGAAGGCCUUGAAGGAGAAGCGUAAUUUCAUCAUCAAGCAGAUGUCUCCUGACGGGGCUUGCCUGUUCCGAGCUGUUGCUGAUCAAGUUUACGGCGAUCAGGAAUGGCACGGUAUUGUGCGUGCUCACUGCAUGGACUACAUGAUGAAGAAUGCUGACUACUAUUCGCAAUACAUCACGGAGGACUUUGCUACGUACGUCGCCCGAAAGCGCAUGGAUGAUUGCCAUGGCAACCACGUAGAGAUGCAGGCCCUCUCAGAGAUGUAUAACCGCAACAUUGAGGUCUAUGUCUACAGUACUGAACCGAUCAACACCUUCCACACCAUCAACAAGACGGACAACGAGCCGAUACGGGUCAGCUACCAUCGCAGCAUCCACUACAACUCCGUGGUCAACCCCGACAAGGCCACCAUUGGUGUAGGUCUGGGAAUGCCGUCCUUUGUACCAGGGCUGGCAGACAAGACCCUCCUACGGGAGGCCCUGCGGCACUCGGAGAACACGGAGCUGGAGCGGGCCAUGCUGGAGGACAAGCUGCGGGCCACCGACUGGGAGGCCACCAACGACGCCAUCGAGGAGCAGAUAGCUCGGGAGUCUUACAUGCAGUGGCUGCGAGACAACGAGGAGAGAGCCCGCAAGAAGAUGAUCCAGCCAGCUUCCGCCACUUGCAGCUCCGCCCCUCCCGAUUCCCCCAACUGGUGGGAGGUCCCCAACGCCCCACCCACGAGCAGCCCUUCCGGCUGCUCCCACCGAUCGCACCACUCAGCUCCUCACCAUCACCACGGCGGGCCCGGCACCGGCCCCAACAGCCCGGACAGGGCCGAGGUGGGGAACCGCAGGAGCCCGCUGUCGCCCCCAAGCCCCAAGCCCGCUGGCUCCUCAUUAAGUGAUCAAGAUCCGGGCAAGCUGGGUUCCACCAAGCAGAGGUCGGCCUCCCCGCAGGUGGCUGGGGGGCGCAACACCCCCAGCCCCCCUGCCGGACCCUCUGGGAUCUCCCCCUCCACCUGUAACGUCCCACUCCUUCAAGAUAUACCCCCAACGGAAUACGCUCUGUCAGAGUGGGGUACAGAAGAUGAGAUUCUAGCGUCCGUUCUGGCCCAGUCGCAGCAGGAAUAUCUGGACACGCUCAAACAUCAUCACUCCUCCGGCAACGCCGACAGCUAAUGUCAAACCCCCGGGUGUAAAUAACCAUGUAUCGUCUCUGUAAUCAUUUUCUUCUGCUGGUAGUAAAUAAUAUUCAAAUUCAGUCACCGACACCUCCGCCCCCCCCCCUCUCCAUAGCUGUACAUUUGCCAGUUGGUGUUCAGAUGAAAAAAACAUGUGGUUGUGGUCAAUUAUGUAUUGGGUUUUGGAUAUUGGGGAGUGUAGUGUCAUAUUAACGGUGCAUUUGAUUAUCAGGGUUGAAAUGAAAAUGUUGGAAAUCGAUGAAUAGCAGGGUAGGUUGUGAUAAUCAGGAACAACAGCCCAAAUAAGGCCGACUGAAUUUUUUUUUGUCAAGACAGAGAAGUCAGAGAAUUCAAGAAAGGUGGAUUUCGGUGUCAAAAUCAACACCUUCGGUUUACUGGCGAAGAAGGAUCCUGGUUUGACAUUUUGUGGGGAUGGGCCGACGACUGGCCACGGGAAGAAGGUUGGGUAUUUUUGCAAAGAGCUAGUGUCAUUAAAUCUAGUUUGCAAGCCAUAUCGAGUGAAAUCUGUUGUUUUGGCAAAAUGCCAAAGUUACUUCACUUAUACUGAUACCACCAAACAACGACAUUGAAGAGAACAAUGAUAAUAACAAACUAGAAAGGAAAAAUCAGUGAUGAAUUUGUUGCGUCUGUAAAAAUUCAACAAAAAAAACUUUCUGGGGAAGAUCAGUUAAUAGUAGCCAAGUUGGUCAGGUAUAAAUUACAAUAAUACUUGUAGAAAGUGAUUUUCUGAUAGAUCAAAAACAUUUCCUUUGGUUUCUCAUGCACGUGGAAGAUAGUACAACACUCCCUAGAUCUUAAUUUUGUCCAUUUUUUCUUUGGAAAAUUCAGGUAUUAUGUUGAAAGGAGGAACAAAACUCUUUUCCAAUACGGCUGAAAGAAUGGCAUUAUCAGAUUUAAUUUAUCAGGCAUUUUCUUUCAAAGUGUUAUGUUAUCUUUUGAAGGAUUCCUAACUUCAACUUCACAGCAGCAGCAGCAGCAGAGAAAGAUUUACCCGAGCGAAAAUUUUCACCGGCAAAGAGAUCUUCGGUGCUUUCAUUAAGCAGAUGUAUUUUGAAAGCGUUUUGCCUGAAAAAAAAAACAAAUGUCUUUUGAGUUGCACUUUUUUCUAAAGCUGUAUUAGCAACAUCAGCCUUAACAAUCUGCUGCGUCUACUUUGAGGCAUGUGGUGGAAAAGGAGAACAAAGAAAAAAUCAGGUCCAACGCCUCUCUCAGCUGAAGGACUUGAGGAAAAUGAUCCAAGUCAUGGGCUUAUCAUUUGCCUGCCAAGCUGAGAUUUGUGUUCAACUACAGACAGGUUUGUGUCAAAUGGCACGAUUUAUAGUUCAUUCGACUGAUAUUCAAUGAAACUUGUGCAGCAAAUGAAUUCGCAAACUGGUUCUUUUGGUUUAAAAUGCUCCGUGAAAUGGGCCCAUGAUGGAGGGAAAAAAAGACAACCCUGCUUCUAAUUCCAAUAUUCCUAGAUCCUUGAAAAUCUACCAAAUUUCAGAGGAUUUUGAAGAAAGGAAU